AUGAACGUAAGGAGAGUAUUUGUUGGUGGUGGUGAAGGAGGAGGAGGGGGAGGAGGUGGAGUUGUAGGAGUAGAGGAACAAGGAGGAGGAAGAGGCGUUGUUGGUAGCGGCAGAGGGGGAGGUGAAGUUGUGGUAGUAGCGGAAGGAGGGGGAGGUGAAGGAGGGGGAGGUGAAUUUGUGGUAGUAGCAGAAGGAGGAGGGAGCGGCGAAGUUGUUGCAGUAGUGGACGGAGGAUGUGGAGGAGGCGGAGUUGUAGGAGGAGGACGAGGAGGAGACGGGGGUGUUGCAAAAUCCCUUCCCGGCGUCCUCUCCGCCGCCUACGCCGCCCUCUUCCUCACCAUUCUCCUCUUCCUCGCCAUCCUCCUCCUCCUCCUCCUCCUCCUCCCCGCUCGGCCGAGUGGCAGAGGCGGCAGUGACGAUGCAGGCGAAGAUGGCGGCAGCGCAGGCGGCUGCAGAGGUGGCGGUGCCUUGGCGUUUGCCAAGCGCGCGGCGGUGGGCGUCGUGUUCUUGGUCCCGCUGUUAGCUCUGGCGGCGAAGGCUUACGCCGCCCUCAAUUCGAAAGCAAAAGUACGUUAA